CGUUUUGCCGAAUCAGAAUAAGUGCAGAUAUGGCGUCUUUAACAACAUGGGCAUUGGAAAGGGACGGGCAGCUCUAGAAUGUUACAGAAAAUUGCAGGAGAUACGUGAUUGAGUUUGUGAUACAGUUACUGCAAUAUUUGUCUAUAGUCCUUCGGACAGUGUAAUAAUGGCGCUUGCAGAAAAUUUAAACCGGGCCAUUGUAAAAGGAGAUUUAAAUCUCGUUCAAAAACUUGUUGCAGAAGGUGCUGCGAUGGAUUUCAUGUUAGGCAUGCGCGGAACAGCCCUAUGUGCAGCUUUAUCAGCCAAUCAGACCGACAUUGCACAGUUCCUAAUCGAGGCUGGAUGUGGAGUGAAUGUGGAGGAUUACGACAAGGAACCUCCCAUAUUUCUUGCAAUUAGCAAAAAGUGUUUCGAUGUGGUUCAUAGAUUAACACGACAUCCAAAGUGUAACCUUAAUAAAUACGAUCCUUUAACUAAUGUUUCGCCAUUGGCUCUUGCCGUAAAGAACAACCAUCAAGAUGUCGUUAAAUGGUUUAUAGAGGCGGGAGCGGAUCUCAAUGUUACCGAUCAUACCGACAGUACUGCAUUGCACAUAGCAAUACAGGACCGUAAUUACGACAUGAUGGAUAUGCUGGUGAAAGGCGGCUGUGAUUUAUCGAAAAAUGAUUCCACUGGGAGGUACCCGAUACACAUAAUUGCUAGUAAAGGUGACGAAAGAGGUCUAAAAAUCUUAUUGCAAAAAUGGAUUGAUGUCUCUGAUAAACUACCGACCGAGUUUUACAUGUAUUCUUUUCUUUCUACGAUAGAUCAGGUAAACGUUAGGCAACUUCUCAAUAAAACUACAAAGGCAGGUCUUAUUACCAGUACUCCUUUACAUUUUGCAAUUUCGAAUGGUCACAGUUCGAUGUCUCAAUUCUUGCUCAGAUAUGGCUCUUCGCCUAAUGGACCAGAGGACAGGCUUGCCGAGUCGCCGCUUUUAUCGGCAAUAUCGGCGGCAUCCUGCCACAAUGGCCAGAUCGAUGCCUUUUUGGUGUCAUGGUUGCUACAGGCAGGGGCGAACCCAAAUGCAUGUGGUAAAUUAACAUCGACGACUCUGUUCACAUACGUCGAAAGCCCCAUCAUGCUAGCCUGUCGGCUCAAUAAUGUUGAAGUCUUUGAACUCCUUAUCCAGCAUGGUGCUGACUUGGAUAUGAAACAUGCAGACAUUGGACGUGUCAACAGAAAGUCGCUACUUACUAUCGCCUUCUCUCACAGUGCAAUAGAAAUAGCUAAAUGUCUUCUUUACAGAUAUAAAGUAUUGGACGUCGAAGUAGACGACACAGAAUCUUGCUUGGAAGAAAAUUUGUUAAUGUCUCUAAGCGAUUUAUACCAUCCGGAAGUGGAGGAGUUUGCCAAAACCGUUCUAUCCUAUGAAAAACCCAGUGAAAACACUUUGCAUGACUGUCUAUCAAAUUCAAUCAUAAAAAACAAUAUUCAUUUUGCUCUUGCUUUGUUGCGACAUGGAGAUGUAGAUGUAAAUCAUUUAAAUGCAGACGGAUUCGGCCCAAUUCAUAACUGCAUCAGAGGCUCAAGUGCGAAUAAAGAUUUUCUGUUAAAACUUCUCCAGUCAGGAAGCGAUAUCAACAUGCUUUCCGCCGAAGGUUUAACUCCUCUGGAAAUGUGUUUGGAAUAUUUUGAUGAAGACCAUUUGGAUUUGGCUUAUUUUUUGAUCGAGGCUGGCUGUGUAUUACCAAACAAGUUCCAAACUUCAAUGGAGAUGGAAAGCGGUGAUAAGCUGUCUGAUUCCGACGAUUCUGAUGAUUCAGACGUCGACAAUGAAGAUUUUUACGAUGACGCCGAUUGUCCGGCAGCCUUCACUGAAGACAGGAAGUUGCAAAAAAUAGUGACAUCUUUGCAGCGGCACCCACAAUCUCUGUUACAGCGAUGCUUGCACGUUUUGCGCAUGCAUUUUGCACACAAUCGUCUCGCAUUUGAAUCGAUCAAUCUGCUUCCGUUACCUCGAAAACUUUUGGAAAUGCUUAUGUUUAAAAGAUUUCAACAUAAUUUAAGAAUUUCAUAGACUAUAUUUUUCGUUGUGGCUGACAAAAUUUAUUCCAGAGUGGUUUUGUUUGUUGGUGUUUGUGCCUUUAGAUUCUAGAAAAAGAUUUCAAGUCUUGUUAUGAUAUUUUAUUUCAAAGUCUUCAUUUUCCAGAAUUCCGAGUGCGUAUCGUUUAAUUCAGAAGAAAGAGGAAAAAAUAAAAUAAUGUAACGUGUGAAAGGCCCUGUCACACCAAGCUGCGUCCCCACGGCGUGUUCAAGGCGUUGUAAAAUCAUUGAAUCGCCGUAGGAUCGCAAGGAAAAUUCAGAAAAAUGUACAGUUUUAUUUGAAAAUUUUACAAGUGGAGAUGUCACGACGACCGAGGCGUUCUUACGGAGCUCCCACGGAGUUCUACUUGGCGAUUAACUGCGCUCUCGCUGAGUCUCCGCCGAGCGCUCAUGACGUGCUAGGAGUUUUUACUGCGGGACCACGGCGUGCUCUGCGCGCUAGCUGAUUGCCUGCACAAGACGUUCUUUACUUCUUGGUAGGUUAAUAUUAAUUUGUACAAUUAUAUGGAAAACAAACAAGAAUUUACAACUGGUAAAUAAAUGAUUAAAUAACUGUUUUGAUUUUAUGAAAAGGUACAUUGUAAUUGAAACAUAACUUCUUAUAAAUUGUGAAGGACUAGUAAAAACUAUUAGUAGUCAGGUCUACAAAAAAGAUCCGUUAUUAGUUGUUAGGAAACAUAGAAAAGAUGUGAAAACAUCAGAACCAAAUGGCAUGAAUUCCAUCAACGUCCAUUGAUAGGUCUUGGAAUUUUAGCAAAUGCUACUUUUUACAGAGUCAUCUACAUCCAGUUUGAUAAUUAU